CUGUGUAGUGUUGCCAUGCUGAGGUAGCAGCAGCCUGCAGGUCAGGAUGUCCGAUGAAGAGGAGGAGCGGCUGAACUGGAGGACAGGGGAGAAUGAGAUCUGCUAUGUGACAAGUGAUGACGACAACGAUGGCGACGACGAAGGUGAGGGGAUACCUGACCAGCCCCACGGCGCCCCCUUCAGCUCCGAGAAUGAGGCUCAGGGAGGCGACUCGGAUGCCUGGCAGUGCACCCCUCCCCCAUCUACCUCACCUUCGGGGGAGACGCCGGCCCACCCUCCUCCCUCCCAGCCCGCGUCCAGAGCCCGCUCCAGGCCGGCCAGCCAAAGCCCGUCCCCUCCCUCCGCCCUGACAGGAACCAAGAAGAGGGGCUCCAAACCAGCACACAUGAGACGCAACAUCAGGAAGUUACUGAGGGAGCAUCAGUUGGAGGCAGUGACCAAAGUCGCCCAGCAGGAAGAGCUGGAGAGGAGGCAACGUCUGGAGGAGCAGAGAAAGCAAGAUUUCCCCGUACCACUGCUGCCUGAAUACACAACUGGCAAUGUGACAAACCAUGCGUCUGCAUCACUGGCAUCACAGCCAGAGGUGGCGUCGGCCAGACAGAAAGUGAUCUGCCUGGACUCCAGCAGCACAGCCAUCAGCAAGGAUGACUGCAAGACUAACAUCCCCACCUCCGCCACCACAGAGCACACACACAAAACAGAUGUGAUUGAUCUGAGCUCGGGCGAGGACGACACUGUCCACCUCAGCAGCGAGUCCACCAACGAGGAAGAAGAGAGCGAGCCGAGUGGCGCACACGCUAACGACGCCCUUAACCGGCCAGACACCCAGGGCAGGGUACUGGUCAACGUGAACCAUCCAGAAUCAGAGAAGGACAUUUUCCUAUCGGCUCAGCUGGCACGAGCGGUCAAACCUCACCAGAUCGGCGGAAUCCGCUUCCUGUACGACAACCUGGUGGAGUCUGUGGAGCGGUUCAGCAGCAGCAGCGGAUUCGGCUGCAUCCUCGCUCACAGCAUGGGCUUGGGCAAAACGCUGCAGGUCAUCUCCUUCAUCGACGUCCUCUUCAGACACACACAGGCUCACACCGUGCUCGCCAUCGUACCUGUGAACACGCUGCAGAACUGGCUGUCAGAGUUCAACAUGUGGGUCCCGCCCCCGGAGGCGUUACCUACAGAUACCGAUCCUAAACUGGUGACACCUCGUUCCUUUAAGGUUCACAUCCUCAACGACGAACACAAGAACACAGCGACCAGGGCCAAGGUGGUGGAGGACUGGGCACAGGACGGAGGUGUGCUGCUGAUGGGCUAUGAGAUGUACCGCCUCCUGUCGCUGAAGAAGAGCUUUGUAGCCGGGAGGAAGAAGAAGGGCAAGAAAGCGACGGGACCUGUUGUCAUCGACCUGGAUGAAGAGGACCGGCAGCAGGAACUGCUCAAAGGUAUAGAGAGAGCCUUGGCUCGACCCGGUCCAGAUGUGGUGAUCUGUGAUGAAGGCCAUCGCAUCAAGAACUGCCACGCCAGCACAUCUCAGGCUCUGAAGAACAUCCGAACCAGACGGCGCGUGGUCUUGACCGGCUAUCCGCUCCAAAACAACCUGAUUGAAUACUGGUGCAUGGUCGAUUUUGUCCGACCCGACUUCCUAGGUACGCGUCAGGAAUUCAGUAACAUGUUUGAGCGUCCGAUUCUGAACGGGCAGUGUGUGGACAGCACGCCUCAGGACGUCCAGCUGAUGAGGUACAGGAGCCACGUCCUUCACAGCCUGCUGGAGGGCUUCGUACAGAGACGAGGUCAUGACGUCCUGAAGGACCAGCUGCCCUCUAAAGAGGAACAUGUGCUCCUGGUGCGUCUGUCUCCCCUGCAGAGGGCGCUCUACACAGAGUUCAUGAACCGCUUCAGGGAGGCAGGCAACACAGGCUGGCUCAGCCUCAACCCGCUGAAGGCUUUCUGUGUCUGCUGCAAGAUCUGGAACCAUCCUGACGUGCUCUACGAGGCCUUACAGAAGGAAAACCUGGCCAAUGACCAGGACUUGGACCUUGACGACAUCACUACCACAGGGCCCGCCCGAUGUCCAACCGCACCCAAUCAAAAGUCCAAACCCCUGGAGAAUCCCAACCCCAUUGGUGGAUUGAGUCUCAACCAGCUGCAGGAGAAAGCCAAUCAGGUCAUCACUUACGAAUGGGCAAAGGACAUCAUGUGUGACUACAAGCCCGGCAUUCUGGAGAACUCAGCGAAAAUGGUGCUGCUGUUCCACCUGAUAGAGGAGAGCGUCAGGAAGGGAGACAAAAUGCUCGUCUUCAGUCAGAGUUUGAACACACUGACGGUGAUCGAGGAAUUUCUGGCUAAGAGACCCAUUCCCCCAUCGCCCAACACAUCCAACAGAGACAGACCCAACCAGAACUGGGUCCGCAACCUCAACUACUAUAGACUGGAUGGAAGUACGACCGCCUCAGAGAGAGAGAGACUGAUAAACCAGUUCAAUGAUCCGUCCAACACCUCUGCGUGGGUCUUCUUGCUGUCAACCAGGGCUGGUUGUCUGGGUGUAAACCUGAUCGGAGCGAACCGUGUGGUGGUGUUUGACGCCUCCUGGAACCCGUGCCACGACGCCCAGGCCGUGUGCCGCGUCUACCGCUACGGUCAGAGGAAGCCUUGUCAUAUCUACCGGCUGGUGUGCGACUUCACACUUGAGAAGAAGAUCUACGACCGACAGAUCUCCAAGCAGGGCAUGUCAGACCGGGUGGUGGAUGACCUGAACCCUGUGCUGACCUUCACCAGGCGGGAAGUGGAGUCUCUUCUUCACUUUGUGGAGGAGGAGCCGGACCCCUCACAGGUCCAGCUGCAGCCCCAGGACAGCAUGGAGGGCGUCCUGAGGAAAGCGCUCCACUUCUACCCUCACCUGAUUACUAAGCAACCAUUCCCCCACGAGUCCCUGCUGAUAGACCGCCGGGAGCUGAAACUGAGCAGCGCUGAGAAGAAAGCAGCAAAGAAGGGUUACGAAGAAGAGAAGAGGGCCUCUGUGCCGUACACCCGCCCGUCCUACGCUCACUACUACCCAGCAAGCGACCAGAGCCUCACCAACAUCCCCGCCUUCAGUCAGAGAAACUGGCGCCCACCUCCUCGUUCUGAAGAGAAACCAGUGGCCAAUGUCCGGCCAGUCCAGUCGACUCCAGUUCCCAUGAUGCCCCGACAGGCAUCUGCAGGCUCUGCCCCCAGCGACAAUUCAUCGGGAUCCAGCCUUGGAGGUUUCCCUGUCAACUGCCUGCAAAAAGCCGGCGUGUUUGUGCAGAGGAUCGUCACCACCACAGACAUUGUGAUUCCAGGCACCAACAGCUCAACGGAUGUUCAGGCCAGGAUCAAUACUGGAGAGAGCAUCCACAUCAUCAGGGGCACCAAAGGGACUUAUAUCAGAACGUCUGAUGGUCGUAUCUUUGCCAUCAGAGCAGCUAAUAAGGCCAAGACUGCAGAGGAGAGUACUACAGCGUCACCCAAAGACUCUCAGACACCACCGGAAGAAGGUUCAACCAAUGGCAGUAGUGAUUGCCUGUCACCUGACAGGAAACAGCAGGACAAGAGCAUGCCCCGCCCUCUGUCACCUGACAGCCCGGAGAUCAUAAGCGAGCUGCAGCGCUACACAGACGCCACAGGAGGCUCCGGAGCUCCAGCAGAGAGCAACAAGAACAAUCUGCCUUCCACCAAAUCGCUUCAGAACAAUGGCAGUGGAAAUCUGAGCCACCGGGAUGCCUCUGUGACAAGUGUAGUUCAACCCAACAUGGAUGCCACCACCGCCCAAGACCUGAGAACAGGGUCCAAGCGCAAAGCCCCCACUCCGCCUCUGGACGAGCGGCCCAGUAAGCAGCCCUCUGCAGGCAAACACUCCUCAGCCUCUUUGGCCUCACAAGGCUUCCCCUUCACCAGGGGCUAUGGCCUCCCACCUCUGGGACUCAACCCCGCCAUGUUGGGUGGGUCACUGGGGCACCCACUCUUCAUGGGGGCAGGCUCGCCUUACUUCCAGCUCCCCCACUCUCAGCUGGGUGACCCCACUUACAUGUACCCAGAGUUGUUUGGCUUUGGCGGAGCUGGCGGGGUGCCCACUUCCUCCACCUCCUCGACAACAACCACUUCCACUGCCGUUUCAACUUCCUCAUCAUCGUCCCCACCUCCACCAGUCAAGGCUGCCAGUUCAGUUCCAGGAUCCCUGCCGCCGUUCAUGCUGAGCCCCAGCAUGGCGGGCAUGGCCGGGAUGCUCCCGCCAGGCUUUCCUCUCUCUUACAGUCAGUCUCUGGCCAGCCUCUACACAGGCUCGAUGCUCCCAGGUGGACUGCCAGGUCCAGCUGCCACUCCUGGUCCAGCAGGGGCCAGCUUCCUCUCCCAGUACCCUCCCACUAAUGCCUCCAGUUCCUCCUCAUCUUCUCCUUCCUCCUUCUCCCCCUCAGCUCGGUCGGAGGGCCACAGGAGCUCACUGCUGGUGAACGGUGGGAAUGUUGGCAGCGCCAGCAGCUCUGAUGAUGAUGAUGAUGAUGAUGAUGUAAUUGAGGUGAGGGGACAGUGACAGGUGAAUGAUGUGGUUGUUUGAGCUUGAUUCAAUUUAAUAAUCAUCAAAAUAGGAUGACAUCCUAUUUGCCAGGAUGAAGGCCCCAAAGAGCCCGAGGCUGAGGCCACGAGGGAAAUGGGCAAAAAAUAAAAGACAAUUGAAGCGAUGACAACUGAGCCCCUGCUAAAGUGAUUCCUCUGUUCGUCUCUACUGCCUUGGAGAAAGCGCCUGGGUGGCGAGCGAACACAGAGAGCGACAAAUCUUGAUGCUGAAUAUCAGAAGAUAAAAAAGCUCCAGAUGAAAGAAGAAAAUUAUUAUCUUAGGACUUUGGGCUUCCAAGUUUCUGUCCAAUACUGGCAUUGAAAUACUGAUCACUGGACUUAGUACUGCUGAGUGUGGGCCUGCAGUGACCACAAAUGGCCACUAGUUGUACUGUUGACUUUAGAGAUUCUAGUUGCAGCUUUGCUACAUGUUGAGACUCUUUUGCUUAUUUUCAGCUAAUUAUAAAAACGACAGUAGGGUGGAGUUGCUUAUACAAAAAAAAAAGGUUUGAUAAUUAAGGUAGCUGGUAGAAACAUUUGUUAAAUAUCAGUAACUGAAAUGGUAUUGUGUGUCACUUGUCGAAUAUUGCUACUGAACUCUUCUUAAAAUGGUAAAAGAAAGGGUAAAAGAUCAAACAGAACAUUUUGAUUGAACUCAAUAAUUCACUGCCAGGACAGGGGGUAUUUUACCUUUUUGUCCUUGAAGGAAAAAAAAAAGAAAACAGGAUCAUCUUGAAUUAUUGAUGAAGAGGCUUGUUGAGGAUGGGUUAAAGACAAUUACUGAAACCUUAAAACUCUAAUGAGAAAGAAUGUAUGCUUAAUCAAAUGCCUUUAAACUAGGCCUUUUGUGAAAAAAAGACUCCUUCUAUUUAGGCAUCAGAUGUGGGAAGAUCUGAUUUUUCUUCUUUUUUAUAUUUAUGUAAUCUCUUUUACUUUUUAAAGAAAAAGCAUUGCCUAAAAAUACCCAGGUGAAAAUGAGGAGAAAAAAACAAACAAACUGUGUUUUUGCGAGGUGUCCUCCUUGUAGCGGAGAAACAACCAACAGAAAAUGCCUUUCUGCCUCCAUCUUUCUGAAUGUUAACUGUGAGAGAGGAGAGGUAAAGAGAGACGGGCGGUCACUGCGGCUCUCUGAAUCUCACCCACAGUCUUACUGUAGCCUAGCGAAAAAUGAUGCAAAACACUCACUCAAGCCUAUAUAUGUAUUCGUACAAACCCCAGAGGAAUUAAGCUCGCAAGUUUUUUGGUUGCGCUUGUGUCGUUACUGUGUUCGUAUCUGUGUGUUGUGUUUCUUAAGGGUUGCAAAAGGAAUCAUUUAGAAAAAAAAAAGUAGUAAAAUAAGUAGAAGCUUGUGUUGCUCGGUUUGGUGACUGACACAUAUUCCACCUCUGCUCUGCAGUGUUUCUUCUUCUUUCUUAUUUCGUGAACAGAGGUCAUUGUGAAACCAAACUGUUUUUUUUUAUUAUUAUUAUUAUUCUUUUGGAGAGAUGGUGUAGCUUUGCCAAAAAAAAGAAAAGAAGAAGUAAACAUGAAAUGAACAAGCACAUCAGAAACCUUCAGCAUAGAGGAUUGUGUCUUAAGAGACCAAAUAAUGUAGAGCAGACGGAAAAAACCACCGCAGCAACACGCUCUCUCUCCACCGUCAAGAAGUGCAUAUCCAUCUCUCUGUAUGACCUUGCAGGUAACACUGUACACUGUACUGCACUGUAAAAGAGACACAAAUCUGUAUACGUCUGUAGGCUGGUUGAAAGCUUCAUCAUGUGACCAAGUUCCCUUUAGAUAAACCAUAAACCAUCGUUCCGCUGUUUCCGAUUGAUCCCCUCUGAUCACACAAACCGAUUUGUCCUUGUGUGGGAAAUCUUCUCCUCUAAAAUGGCUGCAGCGAGAGCUGUAACAACCACCGGCUCGUUUGUGGAAAAUCAGUGACAGACUAAGCAUUUCCUGUUCCUUCUCUUUUUGUGUAUUUUGCUGUUCAUACUGAAAUUGUUAGUUUACUUAUGUUUUCAUUUUUUGUUCUCCUCUUUUUACAAUGUUUGAAUUUACCAAAUUAAUUUAUUUAUGAUGGUGCAUAUUUAUUCAUUUGUAUUUUUAUUUUUGUACCAUGUUUUUUUUUUGUUUUCUUUUUGUUGCUUUUCUUUAUCUGGUUUGUAAGAUGUUUCUAUGCUCAUAUUGUUGUUACUACAGAUUUAAAACUCUCUUACAGAAGUGAUGAUCUGCCAGUCUGACCCAGAGCAUGUGAACCUGUGCAGAACUUGCAUGUGGACCAACCAAUUAGUGCGCUACUGUGCACAUGAAUAGCCAGGAGAGCGUUUUUAGGAAGGAGUGAUAUCAUAUCCCAUUUAUGAUCACACUGAUCAACUCUUGAUUAUAAGAAACCCAAAAAAGGACAUCAGGGAUACUGUGAUAUUAGCCGUGAUACUCAACUGUAUUCUCUUAUCCACGAUAAUAUCCUCACUGACAUGUUUGUUCACAAUUGGGAUACAAAUCCAAGUAUUUCAUCAGAAUAUGAGCCAUUUCUGUGCAUGUAAAUGAAGCUAAUUCACAAGUAAUGGGUCAGAAACUGAAGCAGCCCGGCCACACAUCAGCUUAAGCAAAAGAAAAUAAUGAUAUCAAGUGCUUCUCGUUGUUUUUGUUUUGUUUUUCCUUUGGUUGCUCAUUACCAUAUCGCCGGAAAUGUCGGUCUGUGUCGUACCUAACGGCGGCAAACAAGUGAGUUUCCUCAGCGUUGAACUGUUUGGUUGUCAGCUAAGGCGUAUGCCACGCCAACUGACUGCUCUUCUUAUUUCACAGCUUUCUACUUGAAUUUACAUAUUUAUUUAUACAAAUCGAUGCGGCCGGACGAGCCGGGCCGGGCCGACAGUCUCAAUUCCAUUUUAGUUGAGGAGAAGAUUAAAGCUGCUGUCUUUGAGGAUUGGCUCUAGUCAAAGCCUGUUGUGUAGUUUAUCAAUGGAUAAUGUGUAUGACCUUGGAUUACUUUUAGAUCCUUUUGUUUUUUUUUUUGUUUUUUUUGAAGUUUGUAAAUAAAAAGAAACAUGUUCUAAAUAAUACAUUUCCUAAUUUCUUUACAUCAAUAGUCAUAGCAGAUUUAGCGCGUACCUUCCCUUUGUCUCUACCUGACACACAUACAGGCAACCGAGCACACGUCAAGUCGAGAGAAAAAAUGCUUCCACUUAGACAGUUUUACAGUCACAUGGAGAGAAGAAUAUAAGAAUAUACAUUGUUCUCAACCACAACCCUAUGAUACAUAAACAUCACAUAUAUAUAUGCACUAUUAACUACUAGUAUAUUAUAAUUGUCUUGAAGUAACAAAACUUUGCAUGCUUAUUGUCAGUUAGUACAGGUGUAAUCUUAACAGUAGAAUCACUCUGGGCUCCAUUUAAGAAAAAAAAUGCACUAAUCAGCCCUUAAACUGUCUCAGCCACUGCACUGUACUGUCUGAUGUACCUCACGGAUCAUGGGCAGUUUAGUACCUGCUGGGUUGUUUGACUCUUUCCUUCGAUAAAUAUUCAAACAUGAUUUAAAAAAAAAAACAAAAAAAAAAACAAGUCAAUCUGGAGUCAGCUCCAGAUAUAACUUUAUUCUGUUCAUUGAUUUCUUUAGAGCACAUUGCAGAUGAUAUCGAGAAGACAUGAAAAACUAUUCUCGUGUAGUUUUAAUGUUUUACAUUUUCCUCACUUGGAAAAAGAGAAGAGCCUUGACUCUACAUGAACCAAUAUAAAUAUAAAUUCAUUCUUUAUCUGAAUUUAUGUUGAAGCCUACUCACAAUAUGGUUGGAAAAAAAACAAAACAAAAAAAAAACAGGAGAUUUUGAAAGCUGUUAGGCCAAAUUACAAAAUGGAUGAUAGAGAGACUUCUUGUUUACAGCAGGAACUGGGCCAGCUAAAAAUAGCUGAUUUCAAUUUAGUUGAUUCAUUUAUAUAGAUGUCAAUACAUUCAAUGUCAUUGCUUUUGGCAGUACAUUUAAUUAUCCUGAUCUUUUAAUGUAGUUGUAAGACGAUCGAUGGAGCAUAAUGUUGUUUAGUUUGCGCUGGCCUACUUUCCACAUCCUACUGAAAUGAGCGGUCACUCACAUGGUGGAGUUUCUGUGUGCGUGUACCAACAAAUUUGUCUCCUGAAUGCUACUUUCAGUACAGUUUUGGCUCAUAUAUAGUUAACUUCACCCACCAAAGGAAAAGAAAAAUGGAUAUUUGACUUCUGUCUCCAACGAGGUCGAACGUAGCCAUCUGAUGAAUGUCCCGUUGACACACACACACACACACAGGAUGAUGGCUUUGCAGAGACACACUGAUUGACUACCUGUUUCGGCUGUGUGUGUACACAUGCACUUCCACUAGAUCUCAUCUAAUCCAGAACUAUUAUGCACAGAUUUACCAGCCGCUUUGACUGGAAAUUGCUAAAUUCACAUCCACUAUCACUACAGAUCGAGGAAUCUAAAACUCAUUUGUGCCUCCAGAUCAAAUUUAUAAGCCAGAGAACUUAAAUGUAUCAGCCACAGCCAGUAUUAAAUCAGUGGUUGGCUGGCGGUGUGUAAAGGUGUGUGAGUGUUUAAUUUUUGGGGGGAACUACGAAGCUUGUUACACGAAGCACAAAGAAUAUCAUCACAUGACUCUCUUUGAUUUUUCUUUUUACACUCAGUGCUGGCAGUGAUCUUUAUGUUUCUGUAACCUCCAACUGAAGGCUGCUGUUCAGUCUGUGUCCUUGUUCCAUGUUUCCCUGUUGCAACCUAUCUGUACGUGGUGCGUCCUCUUUUGUAACUGUGGGUGACAGUAACUGUGAGUUCUGAUUGUUUAGAAUAAAGACGAAUGCAUCUGUG